AUUCCUUCGUCCUCGACCAAAGUCAUUCAAAUUUCUCAUCUUUAAUCCUUCAACAAAGAGUGAGGCGAACUGCAAGUGUGUAUAGAACAUAAUCGGGAUGGGAUCGUACUUAUCGUGCGAAAGUAAGAGGAGCCCUAUGCCCACUACUCCCAUGGUGGCUAAGAAGUGGAAGUUUUCGACAAUGACAUCAUCUGAUCACCCGAAUUUCCUCUUGAAUCGGCCGACUGAGAUCGCCUCCCUCGUCUCAAAGCAUGGCAAGAGAUCCAUGCUUGUUUUGGAGAAGUUUGGUUCGACAACAGAAGACACGACGUCCUUCACUGAGCACAAGCUUGGUUCGACAAUACAACACAAGACCACCUUCUCUGACGACCACACAGUUGUUAAGCUUGUCCGGAAUUUCCUCCCUCCGAAGCUGAGUGAACACUGGGAAGUCAAGAUUCUUAGGAAAACUGAUUCUGAUGUCGAUGCAGAAGGUUCGGAUUGCGUUUGUGGCAGAACUACAGCAGUGAAUCUGGUGAAAAAGGGUCAAGAUCUUACAAUCGGAAAUAUUGGGGACUCGAGAGGUGUACUAGGGAUAAGAGACGAGAAUGAUGCAUUCGUUGCAGUGAUGAACGUGGAUCAAGGCGACCUUGUAGUCUUAGCACCAGCUAAGGUUUGGGACGAGCUCUCGAACGGGGAUGUGCAAGCUGUCGUGUACAGAUCCCCUACACGCUUGUGUGCAGCUCGAGCAGUAGUGAAUGCAGCACUUGUUGGAUGGAGGAAUAAGUACAAGGUUGUUGAUGAUGGAUGUGCAGUCGUCUGCCUCUUCCUUGGCUCGCCUCAAGAGUCCGAAAUGAGGACCAUGACACGACUUCAUAUUUGUUCUCGUCCGGAGCAGUUUGUCGAGCGAGUGUGGCUAUAGAGAUAUAGCUCGCCCGUUAUUUGCUAGCAAAGUAGCAAACUAUCAUUUUUGAGAUAGGGGUUGUGAAUCUUUAAAUCAAUUAAUACUAGUAUUACUUAGUUUUUAAUUAUUCGGCUUGUCACAUGUUCUCAUCAAAAUCAUUACCUUUGUUCAUUUCA